AAGGCGCAUUAUCUCCGUCAACCAUUUCCUUGAAUUCGGUCGAGUACGUUUACCAGCUAAGUAAACACGCUUCACAUUCUGGUGGAAGCUUUUGAAAUUCCAUUAGCCUUGACCAGGUUGUGCUUCGAAAUUGAUUUUCAACAUGGAAAAUGAGACACAAUGUCAUAAUUGUUAACUUGGUUUCUCUGGGUGGUUAAUAGAGUUGAGGAGAUACUAUUAUAGAACCGACCGCAGCGAUAACAGUGUUUAAUGGAUCAGGGCACGAUCUUGCAAUGUUGUUCCGUCUGUCAAGAAUCAAUGUUCAUGUCAAGAUUUUUUGGCAGAGCAUUUUUUGCUGCUGCUAGAACAGAAUCUUCUGCUGGGACUGCUGCUGCGUAUUCUGCUGCUACAUCUGGGACAGGACACAACCCUCUCGAGGCAUUCUUCGAGGCUGAUAGAAACCCAGAGAAUGAUACGCCUGUUAUCUAUGGUCGAAGUUGGAAGGCCGCUGAACUGCGCCUAAAGUCGUGGGAGGAUCUUCACAAGCUUUGGUAUGUUUUGCUCAAGGAAAAAAACAUGCUGAUGACUCAACGGCAGAUGCUUCAUGCACAAAAUCUGAGGUUUCCCAAUCCAGAACGCCUCCCCAAGGUGAGGAAAUCAAUGUGCCGUAUCAAGCACGUGCUCACUGAGAGAGCAAUUGAAGAACCAGAUCCCAGGAGAUCUUCUGAGAUGAAGAGGAUGAUAAAUGCUUUGUGAGCACUGGACGUGUUUUUCCCUUGUCCUGCAAUGUGAGGGAGUCUAUAUCGUACUGAGCCCGCAAGCCUGCAAGCUUUUGUCGAGUGACCUCUGCUUAUUUUGCAUUUCAGAAACAAGAAACAGAUUGUUGUCCUGCUGAUGAUCUUCUGAAUGUUUUUUCUUUUCGAUCUACACAUGGGUCAGAAUACGUCGAUCUGGUGAAACUCUUUCUUGUUGUUUAUGACUCAUGAUAAUAUCGUGGAGAUGCCCGCUUUGUGAAAUAGCACACACUAUAUCACAUAAUGAUAUGAGCAAACGGCCUAAUAGACCCUACUCCCAGGUGCCUACUGUUCGCCUGCUUUGAUUUGUGAGAAUCGUGUUAUAUGGACAUGCGGUUUUCAUUCA